AAUGGCAAAAUCAUUUUCAUCAACAUCAAUUAUGUUUAUCACCAUGGUGACAAUCAUUACCAUGUUUGUCGGUUGGUCAUUGGCUAUUGGCCGUAAUCCAACACCUGUUGAACAUAAUGCUUGUCGUGUUAAAUGGUCUGAACAUGUUAAUGAAGUGAAACGUACAUAUAAAGAUGAUCGUGCACGUGUUGUUGCUAUAAAUCGAGGAUUGGAUGGUGCACCAUGUAUGACAUCUUGUCGUAUUAUAUUCCGUGGUAAUCAAAAAGAUAUGGAAGAUAUUUAUACACCAGAUGAUGUACAAUGUGCAAGUGGAGCUAAUCCAAGAUUUUGCCAAAAAGGACGAUGUGUUUUGCCAGCCAAAUAUCGUAAUGGACAGAAUGAUGAAUCGAUUGAAGUAUAAAGUGCAAUGAAUAAUCCCAUAAUCGAUGGAUAUCCGAUGGCGAAUAUUUUUGAACAAUUAAAUUAUUAUAUUUCCCGUUUCUUUGAAUCGAUUACGUUUAUUUUAUUAUUGGAUAAUAUUCAUAAAUAUUCGUAUUUUCCAUCCAUUGAAUCAAUAAUUUUCUCACUCUCUAACUCAUUUAAAAUUCAUUGAACACACACACACACACA